UGGUAUACCCUGCUGUUUAGAAAAUAGCUGCAACCAUAUGUUUUGCUGUGUUUACAUUCAAAUUAUUUAUUAACAACUUUUUAUUUCGCAACAGAACACCAAGGAGGGUGUACGUUUGGUCUUCGUAUUUGUGUUUUCCCCCCCGAUACAGUUUAGUAUUAAUAUUUUCAACAAAGUGGGAAUAGACAAAUUGUCACCAAUUUCGUCCCCUCCGUUGCUGUCUAAAUUAAUUUGUCAUACCUUAUUUUGCUGAAAUGGUUGUGUAAAUAGAUUAGUGCAGCGAUUAGAGGAAUUGAAUUGCGCUUAUUGUGAUCGAAUAAUAUAUACAUAUAUAUAAAACGAGCGAGCAAUUUAUAUUAUCUUGAUCUAAGCAAAACGACAUAAUAUAAAGUAUAAUAUAUUAUUGUAAACAAUACAAUAUGGAAAGUCAAGAACGUGCUUCUACUGUUGGGGAUGAUAAUGAGAAGAAUGGCGUGGACAAAUCACAAACACCUAUGACAAACGGAAAUAACACAAUGACGGUGUUGAAGGGUUUAAUCGGCCACCGUGCAAAUGGCCAAGCAACUCGCAAUGAAGACUCAUGGGAAGAGGUUACCAUCGAAGUGCCCUGGGGAACGGUUCAAGGCAAAUGGUGGGGUAGUCGUAGUAGACAACCAAUUUUGGCGUUACACGGCUGGCAAGAUAACUGCGGUACAUUCGAUAGGCUUUGUCCCUUAAUGCCUGCUGAAAUUUCGGUUCUGUGUAUAGAUUUACCGGGCCAUGGAAAAUCUUCGCCGUAUCCAAAGGGAAUGCAGUAUUUUUUGUUUUGGGAUGGUAUUUCUUUAAUACGCCGUAUUAUACGGAAAUUUGGCUGGAAAAAUAUUACACUCAUGGGUCAUUCAUUGGGUGGAGCUUUAACAUUCAUGUACGCUGCAAGUUUCCCUGCUGAAGUGGAUAAGUUGAUUAAUAUUGAUAUAGCUGGUCCCACGGUGCGCAGCAUUGAACGCCAAGCUGAAACAAUCGGUUGGGCCCUGGAUAAAUUUUUGGAUUAUGAGACAUUGCCGGAAACUAAAGUGCCUUGUUACUCUUACAAUGAAAUGGUUAAGCUUGUGCUAGAUGCCUACGAUGGCUCCGUAGAUGAGGCCUCUGUAAAGAUUUUAAUGGAACGCGGCAUGGAACGAGCGCCACAGCACCUCAACAAAGACGGCUAUCAUUUUUCGCGAGAUUUACGUUUGAAAGUCUCCCUCUUGGGCAUGUUCACAGCAGAGCAAGUGUUAACUUACGCAAAGCGUAUACGAUGUAAAACACUAAACAUUCGCGGAGAUCCUGGCAUGAAUUUUGAAAAUCCCCAAGUCUACGAUGAGGUCAUUGAAAUACUCAAAACAAAUGCUAAGCUUGUGAUAUAUAAGGUAGUACCUGGAACACAUCACCUACAUCUCGUCAAUCCCGAACGAGUAGCCCCGAUCAUCAAUGAAUUUCUAUUAAAUGCAUAAAUAACAGAAUUGUGAUAUCUAAACAGAAGUUUUAGUGAAAUUGAAUAGAACGAGUAUAAAAGAACAAACCCGAGACGGCGGCUAAAAGAGUCAUACCACGCAUUCAUACAUAUUUUGCGCGGUAUUAUUCGCAAUAAUUCCAAAAAAUAUGUAGUUAAAAAUGCAUAUGCCCUGAGCUUGCUAUGAUUAGAAUGAUAGUAGUUUAAUUCAUAAUUUGUAUUAUUUUUAACAAUUGUAAAUUGUUUUUCAUAUUUCCAUUCCAAGUUCCAAAAUGAAAGAACGUGGUUGUUGGUAAUUCACGACAUGUAAAAAGAAAAUAUAUGGUAUUUUAAAAGGAA